GGCGAAAUCAACUGGGACUGCCCCUGCCUCGGCGGUAUGGCUCACGGACCCUGCGGCCCCGAAUUCCGCGAAGCAUUCUCCUGCUUCGUAUACUCAAAGGAAGAACCCAAGGGAAUGGAAUGUGUCGACAAGUUCCGUGGUAUGCAGGAAUGUUUCCGUAAGCACCCCGAGAUUUACGGUGAG